AUGACGAAUAAUUAUUCACUUUCUCCUGAUGAAUUAAAAUUAUGGCAAAAUUUAUACAAUCAAUCAUUAACAAUCGAUGGAAAAGAAUCAAUUAUUCAAACAGAUGGAACAAAACAACUUGUUUUACUUCCAAUGAUGACAUAUACACUUAUAUCAACAAUGCUUCAAAAAUUAAAAUAUCUUCCAAAUUAUUGUUUUAAUCGAAUUGUUAUUGGUGAAACUCCAAUCUGUGGUCUUCGACCAUUGAGUCGAACAAGUCCAUCAUUAAUGUAUAAACUUACAGAAAUUUUACGUACUAUUGUUGAUGGUGUUCGUAAACAACAUAUUCUUAGUAUAACAAUGAUCUUUUACAAAAAGAAUGAUAUUAAUAUAAUUUAUGAUUCAUAUUCACUUGUAUUUGAUUAUACAAUAAAAUUAUCUGAUGAUGAAUUAACAACAUCUAUUCAUAUGAUUGCUCAUAUAAUACAUCAAAUAGAAUAUAUGUUUAAUUGGAAUGAUGCUUUACCAAAGGAUGUUGAACUUACAUUUGUUUUAUCGGUACUUGAUCAAUUUGAACAUAAGGAAAAUAAAAUUCCAACACCAUUUCAUUUUGUUAAACAAAAUAUUAAAAAAGUUUAUAUGGAAAAUGAAACAAAUCAUCUAAUGGGUCGAUUAACAACAUCAGAUGGAAAAAUAUGGUUGAAAUUUUUACCGAGUACUCGUCAAUUAUCUGGAUCAAGUAUUCAAUCAGAUGAUUUGCCUACAAAAGCAAAUUUAUUUAUUGAUAAACAAUUAAAAUCUCCAAUACAACCAACUAUUGUUAUAUCACCAAAAUUAAAGAAAAGUACUAAAAAAUUGACAACAUCAAUUGAUUCAAGUAAAAGUGGACCUAAUCUUCCAUCAAUAACAUCAUCAAUAUCAACAAGAAGUAAAAAGAAAACAGGUUUAUUAUCAACAGUUAAAUCUUUAAUUACACCAUCACGUACACCAGCUCCUGUAACAUCAUCAACACCAAAUGUUUCUGAUCUAGUUCUUAUACGUCAUACAAGUACACCUAAACCUGGUGAAACAGCAUCUCGUAUUACUUUAGGUGGUAGCGAUGAAACACCACUUCUUUCAGCUAUCUAUGAAGUUUCAACACCUGAUGUUCGUCCACCUGCUAAUGUAACUUCACCAACACCAUCAACUAUUACUGCAACUGAUAUUUCAACAGCAAGUACACCGAUGAUUGCUAUGGAACGUCGAAGUACAGGAGGACGUGCACCAACUGUACGUGGUCAAAUGGCAACUACUCGAAAAAAAAUAGCUUCUAUGCAAAUUCAAGAUAAUGAUAAUGAUGAUGAUAAUGAACAAUUUAAAAAACUUUUCAGUCGACAAAAAACAAAGCAAUCAAAACAUGCUGCAGUUGUUCCAACGAAAAAAUCUGAUGAUUUAUCUGAUGUUUCAAUAAUAUCUUCGGCUACUUCGACUACUGAAUCAAUAUUUACACCACCAACAACACGUAAACGACCUACAGCUGAUCGAAUGGGUGAUGAUGAUGAUCUUGUAGCUGAACAUAGCACACCACCGAAAACACCACGUACAUCACGUCGUAAUCGAAUUGAUGAUCAAACAUCUAUUCAAUCAACAUUAAUGGAUACUAGUGAUAGUCAAAUCAGUAUUGAUUCACCUCGACUUCUUCGUAGUGUUACAAAAAAACUUCAACAACAAGCAUCGGCUAAAAAGAAAUUAGCAUAUGAACAAGAGACAAUUAUAUCUGAUCAAUCGAAAACACAAAAUACAACAAAAGAUGAAGAAGAAAUGGAUUCUGUCUAUGUUCAUUUAGAACGAUCAUCAAUAGCUCUACAUUAUUCCAUGGAAGAAUCCGAUUGA